AUGUGUGAUAUAAAAUUUAAUGGCUGCUUCUUCACCUGGAACAACAAACAAGACAGGCAGGAUCGAGUAUAUGCUAAGCUUGAUAGAGCAAUUGCAAACCAAAGCUGGCUGGAUUCUUACACAACAGCUGAGGUAACUUUCUUUCCAGAAGGAGAAUUCGAUCACUGUCCCUGUCUUCUUUCUGUUUAUCCUGAGAUCAAAGUUGCAAAGAAGCCUUUUCGGUUUUUAAACCUGUGGUGUGAGCAUGAAGAAUUUCAGUUACGAAUAGCUGAAGUGUGGGCAAAGGAAUUUACAGGUACAGAGAUGUUUGUAGUUGUUCAAAAGUUGAAAGCUGUGAAAAGUAUGCUAAAAGACUUCAAUAAACAUAUUAUUGGAGAUGUGGCUGUUCAGUAUCAUCAAUCCUUGCAAGAUUUGCAAUUGAUUCAAGAGAAGCUGCACAAAGAUCCUUUAAAUGAGAUGCUAGUUGCUAAAGAAGUGGAGACCCGGCAAUUACUCAAAGUGGCAGCAAAGAAUUAUAAUUCUUUUUUUGCUCAAAAAGAAAAAAUUGGGUGGAUUAAGGAGGGUGAUGAUAAUACAAAGUUGUUUCAUAGAAGUAUUAAAAUGAAAAGAGAGCAGAGUAAAGUGUAUGCAAUUAGAACUGAGCAAGGUACUUGGGUUGAUGAUUAUGAAAAAGUAACUGAAGCCUUUGUGGAAUUCUAUAAAAAGCUUCUAGGGGGGGAAAUGGUAAAUAGAGAAAAAGUGAACAAAAAAGUGGUGCAGGAAGGGCCAAUCCUCUCUGAAACACAAAGAAUUUUUCUCAUAAGGCCUUAUGGAGAAGAGGAAGUCAAAGAAGCAAUUUUUUCUAUACCAGAUGGAAAAGCUCCUGGUCCGGAUGGGUCUAAUAGUGCCUUUUUUAAACAAACAUGGAGUGUUGUAGGGGAAGAUGUCACUAAGGCCAUCCUUUCAUUUCUAAACUCAGGGGCCUUGCUGAAAGAGAUUAACGUCACAACUCUGACUCUGGUGCCGAAAGUUAAAUGUCCGAAUUUAGUGGUCGACUUUCGGCCAAUUGCUUGCUGUAAUGUUCUAUAUAAAGCAGCCACAAAGAUGAUAUGUACUCGGCUUCGUCUUGUCUUACCAAGUAUAAUUUCUCAAAAUCAAGGUGGAUUCAUUCAUGGGAGGUUUAUUGCUCAUAAUAUAAUGGUAUGUCAAGACUUGGUCAGACAUUAUGGGAGGAAGAAUUGUAAACCAUCUUGUAUGAUUAAGAUGGACUUAAAAAAGGCAUAUGACACUAUAGAUUGGGACUUCAUUGAGGAGAUGUUGGUAGCUCUUGGUUUCUCGACUGAGUUUGUGAAGUUGAUUAUGGUAUGUAUUCAAACACCUAAAUUCUCCGUGCUAUUCAAUGGCUCUCUUCAUGGUUUUUUUCGAUCUCGUAGAGGAUUAAGACAAGGAGAUCCUCUGUCUCCUCUUAUUUUUGUUCUCGGGAUGGAAUACUUGUCUAGAAUCCUUGCCAAGGUUGCAAAAAAACCUGAGUUUACUUUUCAACAUAGGUGUUUGGAGCUGAAACUUACCCACUUGUGCUUUGCCGAUGAUUAG